AUGCGAUGGCGCGCGCUCGCGACGAUCGUCGACGCACGGCACGCAACGACGCUGUUUGGGACCUUGGCCGUGCUAGAGAGGUCGCGGGCCCAGACUGUGGUGGUGCGGGCGGAGGGCCAGGUGCGGCUUCCUGCGGGCGUCUCGGAGCCCAAGAAGCAGCCGAACCUCACGAACCCCAAGUUCGGCUUCGUCUACAACGCGGAGCGGCUCAACAGCCGCGCCGCGAUGAUCGGUUUCUUCGCGCUGCUCCUCUUGGAAGGUGUGGCCAACAAGGGCAUCCUGGAGAUGAUGGGCGUCGUGGUCGGCAAGGGCGUUGAGACCACCCUGUAA